AUGAAUAUAAAUGUGAACGUUUAUGAAGUACCUAUUGUGAGUGCUGUAAUUAUGCAUCAGCCUCAACCUCAACCACAGCACCCAGAGCCACAAAAUCAAAUUCCACCACCGAUUAACCCCCCGGAACCACCGCCUCCGCCCCCGGACGAGAUAAAACCGAAAAUAGAGAAAAAGAAAAAGGAGGCUAUAGAUGGCCAAGCUAGAGAGAUUAUAUACAAAGUAAUUAAAUUCUUUGAAAGCGAAAAACAGAAUAGAGGCUAUGCGUUUCCUGUAGAAAAUGUUGUCAAAAGGGCAUGCGCAGCAACAGGGCUAUCAGAAAGCACGAUAAAAAGAAUUAAAAGAGAUGGUUUACGCGCGGAAGCAACACAAACAAAAAUGACUGGCCCCAAAAAGAAGAGAGUUAGGAAAACCAAAGUGCAGUUAGAUUACUUCCAACUGUGUGCGUUGAGAGGCAUAGUCAACAGUUAUUCAUCCAGGAAAGAGGUCCCAACUCUUGGCAAGAUUUUGUCUGCAGCCAAACACGAAUUAAAUUACCGGGGAGGGAAGGAAUCACUGAGGCUCAUAUUGUUAAAUAAACUCGGUAUAAAGUUUAAGAAAUGUGAGAAAAAGAAUAAGAAACCACCCGAGCAACCUCAGCCACCACAACAGCAGAUGCCAACGCUCAUGCCUCAUCCGCAGAUGCAGCAGAUGAAACCUAUAGUAGAUAAUAACCAGUGUGUAUAUACUAACAUGAUGCCACACGUACCACCUGUGUCAUAUUGA